AGAGCUUUGGAUUGGGUGGGAUAAUAACUCAAUUUCCUUUACCAUAAAGAUGUAAAAGCCCAUUCAUAGAUAAUAGCUGCUCAUUUCCUUUUGUUUACAUUUCUCUCUGUUUUUGUAUUCCUGAGAGAGAGAGAGAGAGAGAGAGAGAGAGAGAUAAUAGAGAAACAAGGGAGGUUGGUUUUGAUGAAGAUUUGGAUGAACUGAAGGAGGACCCACCUCACAUUCAUCUUCUUCUUCAUCAAUCUCUGAUCUCUCUUUUAUCUUUUAAUGCUUCUGUCAUUUUUUAAUAUACGAUCUUUUUGAUACUUUGAUUGGUUUAUAUUUUGUAAAGGUCUUGUUAGUUGCAACAACUUGAAGCUCAUCCUCAACUAACCAGAUCUGUUUUUCCCCUUUUUAAAUCCUUAUAUCUCCAUGGAUCUGUGUUGUUCUUCCUCAAAAAUACAGAGAUUUGAAGAUAUGGGUCUUUGUAUCUUUAUCUAGAAUCCUAGAUCUCUGUCUCUGUUCAGAUUUUCAUGCUUCAAAACCUGUUACAGAUCUUGUCUUCCCUUUCUUUCAUUGCAGGAAUCAGGAUUGCUCUAAACAUAACCCAUUCUUUAAUUUUCCUCUCUUUCUCUCUUUACACAUUCUUUAUUUACCGACAGCUGGUGACUGCCUGUACGGUUCAGUUCCUGGAUUGAGGACCACUGUGAGUAGACGCUCUACUUUGAUUGGUUUGGGUUUGGGGUUGGUUAACCUUAACUACCAAUAAUCAAAGCUUGUGUUUUGGAUAAUCUACUACAUAUAUACCCUUCUGAGGUUAGUCCUCGACAAGACCCACUAGAAAGUUUAGUGGGUUUUGUCGAGCAAAUUAAACUCAAUUAUCAGAAAGGUGUCUUGUGAGGUAGGAGCUUCCUGGGUUUUUUUUUUUUCUUAUAUAUGGUCACCAAUCACCAUUGCUUUUUGGCAAUUGGGUCCUCCUUUAAUCUUCUUUAUCGUUUGUGCAACAUUAUUUGAAACAACCCAUCUGAGAAUUCGUCAUUUCUGAUGCUUUUCUUCCUGAUAUCUUGCCUCUCCUUUGUCCUCCUCUCUAAGUCUCUUCCUCUCAAACCUCUCCCACCAUGGGCGAGUGAGAUGAGAUUGCUCUCUCUUUGGUUCUGGAACGAGUUAUCUUGUUUCUCUGUGUCCUGGUUGAGAAAGAGGUGGUUUAGUGGUGUUUUGUUUGAAAUCCCAUCAGCUAUGUCCAUGAAAAGGAAGAGUUUUUCUACAAAAGUAGAGAAUGUGGAGGAGUCAGAGGAGAGCUCUGUAUUGGAUUUGCCAGAAUUGGCUUUGGAAUGUAUUCUUGGGAAGCUUCACCCUGAAGAAUUGUGUAAUAUGGCGGCGGUCUGCAGUUCUUUGAGGGAUAGGUGUAGAAGUGACCAUCUAUGGAAGAGGCACAUGGAGGAGAAAUGGAGUAGAGUGAUUGGUCCUGCAGCUGAUCGUGAAUGGCAAUGGCGUAUUGCCUGUAGAAAGGAUUUGGGUGUCUCUGAAAGAUGCGGCGGCGGCGGUGGUGGCGGCCGGAAGCAUUUAGUCAAGUCCCUGUCUUGUGCUUGGCCUUUGUCAUGGAUCAAAUCCAAGAUGGAGAACUGUAGCAAGCAAACGAGCUACUCUCCUGCUGAUUCAAUCAUGUCUUUGUAUCUCUCCCUUGAGAAUGGCAAGUUCUGGUUCCCAGCCCAGGUCUACAACCGUGAGAAUGGGCAUGUUGGGUUUAUGUUGUCAUGUUAUGAUGCAGAAGUCAGCUAUGAUUCCCACACAGACACCUUUCAUGCAAGGUACCCACCACAUGGGCGGCGGACCAUUGUGAUGGAGCAGGGAGUGCAGUGGCAAAGAUUAAGGGCACCACCUGUUGAUACUCCAUCUCAUGAUCUUCAUGUCUCUGAUUGUUUGUAUGAUUUACACCCUGGUGAUCAUAUUGAGAUUCAGUGGAGAAGAAAUAAAGAGUUCCCCUAUGGUUGGUGGUAUGGGGUCAUUGGUCACCUAGAAACGUGUAAUGGGGAUGAGAAUCUCUGCCAUUGUCAUGCUAGUGAAACUGUAAUAUUGGAGUUCAACCAAUACACUCCAGGAUCACGAUGGAGGCGAAGCUCAAUCAGCAGGAAAAAUCACCGGGAAGAAGGGAAUGAAGCAGAUGGGUUUUAUGGAGGAAUCAGAAAACUUUACAAGGAGGAGGAGAUUGCAAUAUGGAGGCAGCUCUGGCCAACCGAUGUCUUGGAGCCCUAGGAUGGGAAAUGAUUUCAAUAUGAGGAACCCUACAGUUGCCAGAGAAAGAUGGCCAGGAGAUCAAGACUAGAGCUUUCCAAAUUUUUAUGUCCUGACCUCCACUCUUAAUAUUCUUAGAGGUAUUCAUAGAUAUUUACUACUUGUACUUAUGGUUUGAAUAACAAAUGUGACCAACUUAAACUUUGAUGGAUGCUCCUUCAGCAAUCCUGCCUCAGUGGAUAUAUAUAGUGGUGCAACUUUCCAGUAUCACUUGGUAUGAAGAUCCAAUGGAAAUAUAGAUUUGUGUGUUGAUAUGUGGGGGCCUGGGGGGCUUCAAGUUGUGGUUCUGGUUGCAGAUCAGGUUCUUUUAGUUGCAGGAGAUUCAGGUUCAAUUGUGGGAUGGGCGACAUCGAUAACAAGAAUAGGCCAUGAAUGUAUUAAAUCAUAUAACAAGAUGAAGAUCCAUUGCAUACUUGUUCCCAUCA